CCACUUCCUCCUACUUUCCCGUGAUGCACUGCGCUUGUUGCUAUAGCGUUUGAUUAAUUAAGAACAUUGUGCAGAUAAAUAUACCAACAUGCGGUUAAAAAAGGACUUUUAACCUUUGUGUAUUUUGAGCAUGACGUCGAACUGUUAGCAAGUUAAAAAAUAGCACUAACGGCGAGCUGUAGAAGGCUAUAACCCGCAACUACGGCAACGACGUCUGAUUGAGAGUAAACGGCGAACUUCGUCCACUUAAGUCAACAGUUCCCUGUUUUCUAUCGGAUUUUCAGUCUCCUGUCGGACAUGGAAAAACACAUCUUCGUAAAGGAGAGGCUUAUUGCGCCUACUGACUUCACUUCACCAAGAUGCCAUUAACCAAAAUACAGACAAAGCAACAUUAUUUUAGGAACAUCCAGGGAGGUCUGAUGCCACCGUCACAUUUUGCAUCGACUUUCCAAUGUACUGAAGCUCAGGGGACCUCAGGAACACCAUCAGCAUCACAACCACCUCCUCCACAUAUGCCCUGGGUAAACCCAGCAAUAUCUAAGACACCACCAGGGAAUCCCAGCAUUGUCAAUCCAUGGCUCGCCAUCACACAGACCCAGCAGGACAUUUUGGAGUUGAAGAAGGAAAAUGAGAGAAUCAUGAUGCUACAGGGAGAUGGCAGAAGAGGAAGGACCUCUGCAGAUAACUUAUCAGAUGUUAGAACUAGAUCUUCAGGGAGAGGUGAUCAGUGGUCUCGAUGGGACUCAGAGUGGCGCCUGGAAGCAGAGAAGCACAAGGCUGGAGCUGAGAGGUCAAAGGGGCAAGUGGACGCCCUAAACGAGAUAGCAGAGAGGUACAGGGAAGAAAUUAGAGACAAGGACAUCACCUUGAGCAGACAGAGGCAGGAGUUGGAAAUGACGAAUGAAGAACUGUUAAAGGCUAAGAUUGAACUCGGCCGAGUCAGAGAGGAGCUCAGUCUCAGCAGUGCGCAGAAAGAGGAAAUGAGCUUACAGCUCGAAAAAUUGCAAAUAGAGUCCGGUGAGGAAAUGACAAAGCUGAGGAGAGAUGUAGAGAGGAGCAAGGAGUUAUCCAGGGAGCUUGCUCUUAAGUUUGAAAUGAGCCGGUUUCAGGCUGAAGAGGAGGCCAAACAGCAGGCUGUCAGACUGAAGAAGCAAAUUGAAGAACUGAAAAAGAAACAGGAGGUGGAGCUUCAGCAGUUGAAUGUUUCCCGUUGUGGAGAGCUGGGUGCUGCCAGAAAAGAAAACAAUGACCUACAGGAACGACUUCAGUCAAUGACCGCUGAAGUGCUGCAGCUAAAAAGCGCUCUGAUGGAGGUAUCUACAGAGAGAGACGGGCUGAGAGAACAUUUAAGCCAAAUGGGACAAGCCUUUGAGACACAAUCUGCAACACUGCACAGCCUCAGAAAUUACAUCGGCCAGCUUGCCCCAGAGAAGGGAGAGAAAGAACGAUUAAUCGAAGCUGUUGAGAGGCUGAGCAAAGAGAAAGCAGCUCUUCAGACGACUACAGAGCUUCUGACAGUCAGGCUUAACUCUGUGAAUGAGAUCCUCGCCCUGCUAGAAGAGAAAGUAGUGAAGAGUACCUCAGCAGAUCCUCUUAUGAAGAAUGGAUGUGAGGGCCUUCAAGUGCUUCAUCUGUGGAGGGAGAAAGUUUUCAAGUUGUGCGUCCAGCUUCGUUCAAAGGACAUCGAGAUAAGAAGAGAGAAGGACAAACUUUUCUCAGAAGUGAGAUCCACGGAGCAGCAGCUCCAGCUGGAGCAGCACCGAGCUAGCGUGCUUCAGCACAGUCUGCAUGAUAGAAUAGCUGAGCUGGACUUGGAGAGAGUGGAAAAUGAGACAUUAAAACAAAACCUGGCCGAGGCUCACAGAGGAAACACAGAACUGAGGUUACACAACCAGAAGGGAGAGGCUGACAUUAAAACACUGACCGAGGCUCUGCAAAGGUUCAGACAGGGGUUUGAAAGCAGGUCAGCAGAAGUGAAUGCAGCUCAAGCGAAACUCAACAGUUGUGCACAGAGACUUUCCUUCGCUAAUAGAAGAGUGGAGACAAUCCAGGGUUUGGUCAUGAGGAGGAUAGCUUUGAAGAAAUUAGAGCAAGCUUCUAAACAGGUGGAACAGGAUAAUGACAGCAUCCGUAACCUGAGGAUAGAGCACAGUUUAUUGUGUGAAGAGAGGGACAAACUGGUCCAAGAGCUCAGAAGAACCCCAGAGCUAGUGAAGAAAGCCCUGUCUGAUCUAAAAGAUCAAUAUGAGACUAAAGUCAGGCAGCAGCAGCAGGACCUGGAACACAGCUGUGUGGAGGUCAGGUUGGCUGCGGCUGCUAAAGAGCAGGUUGAGGAAAGCUUGCAGGAGAUCCAAGCCCAGCUGGAGGAGAGCAACACCAGUCUGGAGAGACUCCGCUGUGAACUGCUUCGCCAGCAGGAGCAAAGCGAGCGUGCCCUGUUGGAAAGAGUGUCUGAGAUUGAGGACCGAUGUGCUGAAAAACUAAGAGAGAUGGAGGUCCAGGUCAAUGCUUCCAGGAGAGAACACACCAAAGCAGUUAUGACUUUGCGGGAGUUUCAGAGAGAGACAGCGCGGAGACAUGAGGAGAUGAGAGAAAUCCGACGUUUGGAUGUUGAUAAGACGGAGCAUGAAGUGUUUAAUAAACAACUGAAGGGGAUGGAGCAGAACAACCACCCUGCUCCUUUCAGGGUUGCUGAAAAAAGGCUGAUAGAGUUUACACAGCAUCACACUACAGCUGUACAAAACUCUGUUCCUCCCAGAAAUCAAGAAAAAACCCCAGGAGUGCAUCUACCUGCAGAGAGACUGCUGAGUGUUUUGGAGGAGCUCCAUACACUCAGUGCUGCUGUGGUAAACAGCUCAGAGGACUCUGCAGAGGAAGACGGACAGAGCGACGGUGAGAAACCUUCAGCAGACAGUCUGCACAAGUAAUACUUGAAGAUGAGUCACUGAAGCCAAGAGAACACACAUUUCAUUUGUACAAAAGGUGGGAAGUGGUGUUAAUGCCUCCUGAAGCUACAGCAGCAGUUAGACGAGCCAGUCAGCAGAAAAGCUGUGCUGGGGGAUGCAACAGCCAAGGUGUGCUGGAACUGUAUAGAUGUGUUUGGCCAAACCAUAAAUCUGUCAAAACAUUCUGCAUUUUUAUCUACUGAAUGACUAGUUUGUGUAUUUAAAUGCUUGAAGUUGUAUCUUUAAUAAAACUCUGUGAAGACUA